UACGUAGAAGCGUAAAAAAUAGAAACUUCCAAGAUGGCCGAGUCCGUAGGAUCCAUGCAUUUCGCAGCUAAUGGCAAAACAAAUCCCCCCAAACCCUUGGUACCAAAAAUACCACCAGAGAGUCGACCACAGUCUUCCAACGAUGUCUACCCUCCACCGCCCAAAAAAGUCCGAAUCGAGGAGAAGAGUUUGAAACAUAAGAAACUGAACGGGGACGUAGUGUGUGCUGGGGAAAAACACAACGGGAAGCAGAGUUAUGGAAGCCCAGCGAAAUGGAGUUUCGGCCAGGCCAAGCCGAGCAACUCCACCACGCCAGCUCCCACAAGAAAGAUUUUCAAGAUCAGCAACUUUCUCGCCUCUCCUUCUAAAGUGAAGAAACCGAAGGAGAAACGUCUCAAGGAAAAGGAAAAGAGCGCUAAAACGCAGAAUUCUCUCCUGGAGAAUGUAAGCCCUGCCUGCUGUCAUACAAAGACGGAAAAUGGUGAUGUAAAGAUGAUACGAGAUCACACAAUUAAAGAGGAGGAGAGUGAGAAGAAAAAGGAUAAAGAGAGAGAGCGGGACAGGGAGAAUAACAACCACCAAGUGGUGAUUGUGAGUGAUGUAGGGAGGGAGAAAGGAGAGGUGAAAUCUCAGCUGAAAGAUUCCGCGGAGAAGCCAAGUGUCAACUCAGAGGAUGAGCUCCUCUUGAAGAAGGUGAAGAAGAAGAAAAAGAAGAAGCACAAAGACGGAGAGAGGGAGAGACGCUAUCGGGCAAAGAUGUAUCAUCGCUCCAGCCAGACUGUGUGUUCUGGUGUGUCUGUGGACCUGCCGGACCUGCUCAACACACCAGACAGGAGUAAUAACACCAGUAACAGAUUCUUCCAAACCAUCCCAAGUCCUCGUCAGGAUCCUUCCAGCACCACCACUACCUCCGUGUCCACCUCCAUGGUCAGGGAGAGGUUAGGCUACGGCUCCCCAAUCCACAGUGCCCUGUUCCCUGGCAUGGCCCGGCUGGAGUUCGGUCACCUGAUCCACGUGGAGCAGCAGGCCAAUGGAGGGGCAUCAGUGGCCCAUGCUUAUUUCCAGCAGCUGACUUGUCUCUCUCCGGCUGAGAUGCAGCGUUUUGCCCAGGAGUUUGUCACAUUGUCGUUCAGUGAGGAUGAAGCCAACGCGGCCCGCUACGUCAUGGGCAUCAUCCAUGGUGCAGCGUCCUACCUGCCAGACUUCCUGGAUUACUUCUCCUACAAGUUCCCCAAUGCGCCAGUCAAAAUGGAGGUGCUGGGGAAGAAGGAUAUAGAGACCACCACCAUGGCCAACUUCCACACUCAGGUAAAGCGUACCUACUCCCAGGGGACGUACCGCGCAGGGGCAAUGCGGCAGGUCAGUCUGGUGGGGGCUGUGGAUGAGGAAGUAGGAGACUACUUCCCUGAGUUCAUCAACAUGCUGGAGGAAUCUCCCUUCCUUGAGCGUACCCUGCCCUGGGGCACCUUCUCCAGCCUGCGCCUGCGGAGUCCCACAGAGAGUGAUGAUGGGCCCAUCAUGUGGGUUCGACCUGGAGAGCAGAUGAUCCCUGUGGCUGACAUGCCCAAGUCCCCCUUUAAGAGAAAGAGAUCAACCAAUGAGAUUAAGAACCUACAGUAUCUGCCGCGGACCAGCGAGCCCAGGGAGAUGCUGUUUGAGGACCGGACCAGAGCCCACGCUGACCACAUUGGACAGGGCUUCGAGAGACAGACCACUGCUGCCGUCGGUGUUCUUAAGGCAGUGCGCUGCGGAGAGGGAGAUGCUCCUGCCAGGAUAACCAAAGACGUAGUGUGUUUCCAUGCUGGGGAUUUCCCUGACGUGGUUCAGAGGCUGCAGUUAGACCUGUAUGAACCCCCCCUCUCACAGUGUGUGCAGUGGAUAGACGAUGCCAAGCUCAACCAGCUGAGGAGAGAGGGCAUCCGCUACGCCCGUAUCCAGCUGUACCACGACGACAUCUACUUCAUCCCCAGGGGAGUAGUGCACCAGUUCAAGACGGUGUCUGCCGUCUGCAGCCUGGCCUGGCACAUCCGCCUCAGACAGUACCACCCUGACCAGCUGGCAGAACCGGACAGCUGCACUUCUACACAGGCAACCAGUCAGAUCAAGGAGGAGGAGGUGACCGACGACAGUGGGGGAGAGGAGCAGAAUGAGGAGAACACUCCUACACAGACACAGAUAAAGACGGAGGUGAAGGAGGAGGGAGGGGAAAGGAUGCCCGUACAGGAGCCGCCGCUAGUUCACAAGGAGGAAGAGAAUGGAGGGGAGCGCCGAGGUUCCACACCUACACUGAUGUUACCAUUAGUGAAGGAGGAGAGAGAGGAAGGAGCCCCACUCAAGGACACGCUCCUGGGAGUCAAGGAGGGAAAGGAAAUUGAACAUCAGAAGGUGGAAGAGAGGGAGAGAAAAGGACCAAGAGACAGCAACACUUCCACACAGAUGGAGGGAGAUGGAGAAGAUGGUGACCUCUCCAGGGCCUCACAACAUGCUAGGAUAGACAGAGAGAAGGAAGAACGGCAGCAAAGGACACCUCCGAAAGCCCAGAAAGACAUAGAGAAGGAAAAGGAUGGUUGUACAGCCACACAAACACCACCACAUGUCAAAAAGGAGAAGGAAAAGUGCAAGGGGAAAGAUUUCGAGAAAGAGGAGAGGGCUAGGGAGAAGGAGAGGGUGAAGGAGAAAGAGGAGUGGGGGAAAGAGAAGGAGAAAGAGAAGAAAGAGAGGGUGAAAGAGAAGAACAGAGAGAGGGAAAGGGGGAAAGAGAGGGAGAAGGACAGAGUAAAGGAGAAGGGGAAAGAGGAAGGUGUGAAGGAAAGCCCGACACAGACCCCCACGUCUCUGCCCACUAGGAAGGUGGAGGAGGAGGAGAGGCCAAAGGAGGACAGGAAAGUCCCACAUCCAUCCCAACCUGCCCAGAGGGACGGCAAAGAGAAGGGAGUGAAGGAGACAGCGGACACGGCAUCGAAGACGCAACCUCAAAUGAAGAAAGAACGAGACCGGGACAGGGGUGCUUGUGCCGCACAAACGCCAUCCCACACACGACAAGAGAGAGAGCCGGGCAGAGAGGGCAGCACUCACAGGCAGAAACCCUCACACGGAAAGAAGGACAGGAACGGGUUUAGAGAGGGGAAAGAGUGUAACCCAUCCACACACGCCAAGCCAGGCAGAGAGGAGGAUGGGAAGGCUGUGACUCCUAGACACACGCCUUCUCAUGUGAAGGAGGGAAAGAGAGAUGGAGAGGUCAACCAUAAGGAAGAGAGGAAGAAACCGCCCCCUGCUCCUUGUUGCACCCCCUUGGAACAUAAACCCCCAAGGACGCUUGUAACCUUUGACCUCUUUAAGCCUAUGGACGCAUUUCAAGUCCCAUCCCUCUCCUUGGCAGACAGGUCUAGGUCUAAGUCUAACCACCACAGUGACUGUCGAGGCACUCUCUCCAAGUCUGAGAGUCGGACUCUAGUGUCCCCCAAAGGACCCAAAGUAAAGGACACAGCACACACCAAACCUGCAGUUCCUCUCCAGGACACACGGCCGCAGCACUCCCUUAAACACCCUGUGAAACCACACACCACACAUCCACAGCAGAAAGACUUUUUAUUAUGAAUGUGUAGAUGUGUAGUUUUCUCUCUACUGUACAACUUGUCGGCCUGCUCCCAGAUCCAUUGCUGCUUCAGCCAUAAUAUCAUUUUCAUGCCAUAGUACAUAAAAAGAAAAGUGUCAUUGGCUGAAACACACUGACCUGGGACAAGGCCACAACUUAACGUAAGGCCUAUUUAGAUCAUAUAUAAAAUUCAUCCUUUCCUCGAUCCCUUGAGGUAAUCGGUCGUCUAACAGUUGUUUGGGUAAAAGCAAGUCUCACCAGCAUUAAGGUGAGAAUCAGAUCCAUGACCUCUGGUGAAGGAUGCAUUUCAUAGUAUCUGAAGAAGGCUACAGUAAGAAUGUACACUAAGUAGCUCACUUCACGUUUGUUAGUGAAUGUAAGUAGGUUCUUCAUAUAAAACCUGGUGUGUGACCUGUGUGUUAGUGCCUGUGCACUACUUAGCUAGUUGCUCCACUGCUCUUAAAGCACCUACUCUAGGUACUCUGGCUCAGUCCCAAAACCACCCUAUGGCUCCAUUGUCUUAUUCUAGCCUUACCCCCUUUGAUGUUUGCAGAUCUGAUGGGACCAGGUAGGUGUACGUAGGCAAUUCAGUACCCUAUCUAGGCUGAAUUCCAAAUCUGCUUCUACCCCUAUCUUUUCACGUCUAUACUAGACUAUACUUAGGUGGGUAAUAUAGGGGUCUAUUUGGAAUUUAGAGCUAACCUUCCUGUAUGCUACAGGGAGUUUCUACCAUGUUCCUUCUACCUCUCCAGGCACUUCAGGUCUGCCAACCAUGAAGAGCUCAGAGCUAGAGGUUGUUUUUGGACCAGGCUUGUAUGAUGUAUGAUUCAACACAGGGCUGUAAAUGAUAUGUACUGAAUCUGUACAGUAUAGAUGUACUAGUACUGAUGUGAGAAAAUGUAUACAGAAAUGCAUAUAUUUUUUGUAAGACAAGUUUUAUUUUCCAUAGAACUUAUUUAUAUAAUUUUCUGUCUGUUUUAAUUUCAGAUGUAUGUGAGAAACUGUUGUAAAUAUCUUUUAUUUCCUAAGAUUAAGACUUGGUAGUGUGAUUUAUACUCUGACCAGAACCUAUCAAUAAAAGGUUCUUAAUAUUA